UGACAUUACACUUCACUUGGUUACAGCCUGACGGUGGAACCAUACGGAAAAAAAAUUCAUCCUAUAAUCCAUUCUUCACUGACCACUAACUUUGGCCAUGGCAGCUUCAGCGUCCACCAGUGAUGGUCCUUUCUGAGAUGGCAUCUGUGAUUUAGCAGUUCAGAACUUAAUGAAGCUGAUGACUCUAUGACAAUGUGGAGAAAUCAUGACAGAAAAUGUGGUUUGUACUGGGGCUGUCCAUGCUGUAAAAGAAGUAUGGGAAAAACGAAUAGAGAAACACAAUGAAGAUCUGAAGCGAGAGAAGGAAUUUCAACAAAAGCUAGUACGGAUCUGGGAAGAGAGAGUAAGUUUAACUAAGCUGAAAGAAAAGGUCACCAGGGAAGAUGGAAGAGUCAUUUUGAAGAUAGAAAAAGAAGAAUGGAAGAGUCUCCCUUCUUCUUUACUGAAACUGAAUCAGCUACAAGAAUGGCAAAUUCAUAGAACUGGUUUGUUGAAAAUUCCUGAAUUCAUUGGAAGAUUCCAGAACCUUAUUGUGUUAGAUUUAUCUCGAAACAUAAUUUCAGAAAUACCUCGAGGAAUUGGACUUCUCACUAGACUUCAGGAACUGAUUCUGAGCUACAACAAAAUCAAGACUGUCCCCAAGGAAUUAAGUAAUUGUGCCAGCUUGGAGAAACUAGAACUGGCUGUUAACAGAGAUAUAUGUGAUCUUCCUCAAGAGCUCAGCAAUCUAUUAAAACUUACUCACCUUGAUUUGAGUAUGAACCAAUUUACUACAAUCCCUCCUGCUGUGUUAAACAUGCCUGCCCUUGAGUGGCUGGACAUGGGAAGCAACAGACUUGAACAACUUCCUGAUACUAUAGAAAGAAUGCAAAGUCUACAUACAUUAUGGUUACAACGGAAUGAAAUAACAUGCUUGCCAGAAACAAUCAGCAAUAUGAAAAAUCUGGGUACCAUUGUUCUCAGCAAUAAUAAACUGCAAGAUAUUCCAGUAUGCAUGGGAGAAAUGGAAAAUCUGAGGUUUGUCAACUUCAGAGACAACCCACUGAAAUUGGAGGUAACACUUCCUCCCAGUGAAAGUAUAGAUGAAGAGGAGGAACGGGAAUUAUUUGGCCUUCAGUUUAUGCACACAUACAUACAGGAGUCACAGAGAAGAGCAGAUGAAGUCAAUUGUUUGACUACUUCACCAACCUCUACAAAUACUGAUGGAUAAUGCAAUUCAGAAUUCUCUGCUGAAGAGGAAUACUUUGGGAACUUGAUGAAUUGUUUGGACUUCUGAAGUAAAAAAACAAAGUUAUUGCCAAAGUUUAAUGAGGUCACAGUAUUUUUUAAAGUUCAUAUUAUCUACUAUUUAAAUUAUAUUUUUGUGAAUAUAAAAUAUAAUUAAAAAUUUUUUGGUGGAAGACAGAUGAUGUUCUAAUUUCUUUGCCAUUAAGCAGUUGUUUCUGGUGAAGAAUGAAUUGGUAAAGCAGUUAACAAUACAUUUUCCAAAGAUACCAAAGGAUCUGUAUAGUACUGUAAAGUAGGAUUGAAUCCCUUCUGCUGUAAAUAUUGGAUUCGGCCUUGGUCAAUCAGCAAUUUACAAAGAUGCCCUAUUUUCUUCUUUUCUUCAACAGUAAGAAGCCUAAAUGGAGUAAACACACACACAUAAUUAACAUUUUGUAAACAUUUAAAAAAUGAUUUUAGUCACUUGUUGAAAAGCUGCUAAAUAGCCCACAUUAUACUAAGUAUUAUGUCCCGUCUUCCAAGGCACAUUUAACAUAACCUCGAUAAAAAUGUAUAUAUUUUAAGUUAUUCUAAAAUUACACUGUAUGUUUUCAUGAAUAAAUUGUUAGCAGUGAUCAUCUAAGAAAGCAGUCCCACUUAUCCACAGUUUCAUUUUCUGUGUUUUCCAUAACCUGUGGUUAACUGUGAUCUGAAAAUAUUAAAUGGAAAAUUCCUUUCAAUAAUUCAUAAGUUUUAAAGAAGUGCUCUUCUGAAUAGCAUGAUGAAAUCUUUUGCCCUUCCACUCCUUCCCACCUGGGACAGGAUAAUUCCUUUGUCCAGCAUAUCCAUCAGGUGCUUAGUAGAGAUUUCUGUCAUAAGAUUGUGAAGAUAUUGCAGCACUUGUACCUUUUCUGUAAUUUCAGGCAUCCGCUGGGGUCUUAGAAUGUAUCCCCCAUGAAUAAGUGGGGGAUUACUGUACAGCAAUAAUAAAAUAUUUCCCCUUUAGUGUUAAGCAUUACAAAUAUAGUCACUUACCCAGGCAAACUCUCAGAGUUGUCAUCUGUGAUUCUGUAUCCUCCAUCAUCAUGCUCUUCACUAUCAUCAUUCGGAUUAUCUUUUGUCUUUGUGGUAACACUUGAGACUUCAAAAGAUGUUUUCCGCAUUCCACAAGUUGCCCAACUACUCAUUCGCUGGAAAUAGUGGAAUUCCACUGCUCCAAGGCCUAGGGCCCUGAAAUAUUCUUUGCCCACAUAAUGUCUCCAAUCACACCUGUGGUGACAACAGAGUGCAAUAACAAUGCCAGCCACAGGGGUCCACUUCUCUGGGACAUUUUUUUCAUUUCCUUCCUUGGUCAAAGUGUUAAUUUCUUUUUCUGUUUUAUCAUUCUUUAUGCGUUUGGCUAAAGGUUCUUCAUUGCUUUCCUCAAAACUGGCAGCAUAGGUUUCAACCAAACACCGUAAUGCAAGAUCUGCAAACACAAUUAUGUUGCCCCCCCAAACCAUCAUCUUUAAAAUAAAUAUUUUUUAUAUUUCUUAAACAGUAUGGUUUUUAAAAAGCCAACAACAGAAACAACAAAAACCUACCUAGCUUUAUACAUGUAAUAAUCCUAUCACAAAUUUAUCAACUUUGUUCAAAUCUGCUUUUUUCUAUCUUCUUAAUUUUUCUAGUGUUUUCUUUUGCAUAAAGCCUAUUUCCCAAUAAAACUAUCCAGUGUUUAAGGUCUAUAAUUUUAAAAAUUUUUUUCUAACUAUUUGAAUUGGCUCCUAUUUCCGUUACCCUGGCUGAGGAAAUGACUUGUAUAGAAAACAUCUAUUUACCUAUACUUGCAUUCCAGGAAGUUUGAACUUAAGAAACUCAAAGAAAGAAAUGAAGAACAAAGGCAAUUUUGCUUAGCAUAGUGAUGCUAAUCUCAAAUUAGAAGAUUAUUAUAUCUGAUCAAUUAAAAAGAAAUAUAUUUUAAAAUUUUAUUGCCCUAAGGUGUUAAAUAUUAAAUGGUCAC